AUGUUGAUUUUCGAAUGGAAAUUGAAUGUGAGGAAUUGCAAUUUCAGUAGGUAUGUGAGGUUCAAUACUAUGCAUGCUAUAGUUCUUGAUGUGCUCUUGAUUUUCCCUGAUCUUUUGGAGUGGACUUUUAAUCCAAGAGAUGGGGUGGGCUUGGAAUUGAUGAUGAGCUUGGAGAGCACCGUGCUCUUGUUCCUCUUGGUGUGCUUGAUUUAUGGCUCUUGUACUCAUUUGGAAAAGAUUUAUAUGGAUAACAUAGAUGCUAGCGUUGCUGCCUUGAGGAAGCUUGCUGAGGAAUGGAAGCUUUCAGGAAAACAGUCUUCUCUUGAAGCACUUAGGGGAUGUCUAAAAAGUUUAAGGGGAAAGAUUAGUGACUUGUAUAUUUUUCUAAUACUUUUUGUCGUUACUAGCUAG